GCAGUUGAUCUACACGCCGCUUGUUUGCCAGUCAGGAACCUUCCACUGACGCAACUUUUGGCUGGCUGAAGUCGAGAACUUCCCCCCUCGGUCCCUGGCCCUCUCUUAUCUAUCAAGCAAAUCAAAUGUGCCAACGCAAGUAAUCUGGCACUAGGAUUUCAUCCGCUCAUGGCUGUGAUUUACUUUUCUCUCGAUGCGACAAACAAGUCCCGCUCGACUUUGUACUUCACCGUCUCGAAAUGUCUCGACUUUGGGGCUACAUACCCCUGUUAAGGCGAGCUGAUCCUGGGCCUCGACCCGACGGGGAUGUGGAUGUGACCCUUCAUGACGGUGCUAGUCAUGCACCCGCGACUUCAGGAAUGACCCUACUUCCGCGGCCAGUUGCCUCCGUGGUAUCAUUCCUGACGCAAUCCACAUCGCUCUCGCUCCGCGUGGGUUCGUUUUUUGGUGGUGUCGCCCUUGAUGGGGCUAGAGUCACGACUUUGACAGGGUUGGAGCUCAGUAGAGCAAUUAUCGAAGGAGUCUUAACGAGGGCCGGGCGCGACGUUGCAAUUCGCAGUAGCGAGCAUGGCAAAGCAGAGGCCGAAUCGUUGCUGGAGAGAAGUCUCGCUGCUCUACACACGACAGUCACGUCUGCUUCUUUCUUUGCGGCUGCCACGUUCCACAUGUCAUCUACAACUCUCUCUUCUGCCACGCAUAUGUCUCAGGCUCUCUUGUCCAGUCUCGAUGCCACUUUGGGCUCGACGGAAUCUUCUAGAGCCAUCGCGGCAAUCAUAACGCUCAUCCGACGGGAGUUUCGCAGCCCGACUAUUGAUGCCGGCACGGAAAAAGUCGGCGUUGGUGACCUUUUGGUUGGCACUGUCGGCUUCGCCAUGCUACAACGAUGGGGCAGGAAAAGCACCGAGAGACACAUCCAUGAUAACGGUGGAGACGAGACUAUCUGGGACGUUGUCAUCCUUGAUAAUGGAUUGCGAGCAGAUGUGGUUGGGUCUCACCAGCUUGAACCGGUACGGUAUAGAAAUAAUGACUUGGGUGAAGAGACCAAACGCUCGUCAUUCUUAUCUCCUGGACAAGAUGAGGAGGCCUUCGAUGCCGUACAGCGUCCUAGGAGCAUGGCUGAUACAACGGAGCGGCCUUUCCUGACUCUACCUCCGGGAAACCAGAGCGAGGUGUCAGAUGAAGAUAUCCGCUUGUACAUAAUGAGCCAGCUUCCGCGUGGCUGCAGAGCUUCAAUCAAAACCGACUGGGUAACAGCACGCACCAUUACCGUUGAUGUAUUUGAUGAUGACACUGCCGAAAUCGCGCCUCCACCAGGGACGAUGAUGGUUGAAGAAAGGUUUCAUGAUGAUCAAGCUCUGAGCACGACGACGGGCCAACAGCAACUUCCUAGACACACUGUUGUGUUUAGAACGGCGUUUAACAAGUCACAAUGCGCAGACGUCUCUAGUCUACGCGGACAUGGCCCUGAGCUGGAACCACCGAGUUCUUCGGUUACGACACCUCGAGCACACGGCAACACAGAAGUGCCGCCAGAUAUUCAACCAGAAAUCAUUGAAAAUAGCUCCGCCAACAUAACGAACAACCGGUCACCGCCGGACGGCAGCCUUUCUCCUACAAGAAAGUCAAAACAUCCCGCUCACAACCGCAACAGUCUUCCAUCAGGUCCAAGCUCGCCGUCUUCUUCUCGUGAUCGAACAGUGCAAACUACUAGGCAUAAUGCUGAGAACAGGAAUCUUGCCGGGCCUUCUCGUCUAUCAGACAGCUCGGAAACAAGCCCCAAGGCUACAUUUGGAAAAGGCUCCCUGUUAAAAUUUGCACAAAAGGUUAAGCCAACUCACGCUGAGAAGAGUGAGGCUGCUAGGCGACCAUUACCCAAACCACCAUCGGACAAAUCCAACGUACAAUCUCUUUCAACGAGCUCUGGUCAGCAAAGCAAGGCACCCAGACUCCCGAUCCCUGAAAAAAAAUUUUCAGCACAAGGGCCUGAGUCGAAGCUUGGUUCUGGCGAAAGGCCACACAAGGGUCCAUCGCCUGCUAAGCCUACGUCUAUAGCCAACAGAGGGUUACAAAGAUCACCCCCAUCACACAACUCUGGGGGUCUUUCCUCCUCUCCAACCACGCGCCGCGACAACGCAAGAGGCGCGAGGAGUGGAAGAAAUUCAGGGACAGGGUAUUACUCCGUCUACGAGAAGAACCAAGAGUCUUUUGUCACCCAAACAGAUGCUUAUUCUCUUCGUUCAAUGGAUUCCCGAUCGAAAUCCCCAGCCACGAUGAGAGCGCAUGUUCGCAGUAGCAGCUCUAUGUCUCUGACAAGGUCCGAGAACGACAUGACUUUGUCUGUCAAUGGAGAUAGCCGCCCGGGCUCUUCUUAUAUGCAUGAAAGAUCCAAUUCAUACUCUCCUGGUUUGUAUUCAUUGGCCACAGCGGGCUCGGAGACGUCAUUGAUACUUGCUCAUCGCUCGCGCAAGAGCACAUAUGAUGACAUCGCCACCAUUCAAGCAUUGAACCGAGAUGGCAUGGUUCCCGGUAUCUUUCCUCAAAAGCAUUUCGUGCAAAAUAUUCGGCGCUUUUGUCGUUUCUCUUCUGCUUCUUACGGUUCCAAUGCUCUCAAAGUCAUGGGAGUUCCGCGAGCGUCAAACGCCCUUCCUUAUCAAGAGUCAGAUAGUCGAGAGCAUGCCGAUUUCUCGGACCAUACAGGGCUACCAGCUUCUACUAUUCUUCUUUCAUCAUUUGUUGACACCGCUGGUGGGACCAAUGCAGCUGGAGAAACCGACAGUGGCUACCCUCUUGUUCAUUAUCUCUUUUUGGAUCAUGAAUCGAAGGCUGUUGUUCUAACUUUAAGAGGCACCUGGGGUUUUGAAGACGUCCUUACCGACAUGACCUGUGAUUAUGAUGAUCUUAUGUGGCAAGGGAAAAGCUGGUCAGUCCACAAGGGAAUGCAUGCAUCUGCGAAGCGUCUUCUGAUGGGCGGAGGUGGAAAAGUCAUGAUCACUAUAAGGGCAGCCCUGGACGAAUUUCCCGAGUACGGCGUGGUAUUCUGCGGUCAUUCAUUGGGCGGAGGAGUGGCUGCACUCCUGGCGACAAUGAUUUCGGAACCCAAUAACGAAGAACCCGGGACUUCUUUCAUGACUGCUACUCAGCACACCAGCAAGAAACGCUUGCUCCUAACUGAUCACGGGGAGAUAACCGACCACGCAGCCUACUACCUUCCUUCAGGGCGCCCCAUACACGUUUACGCAUAUGGUCCUCCUGCGACCAUGUCCCCUUUCCUUCGACGUGCAACCCGCGGAUUGAUUACAACGGUAGUAAAUGGCCAAGACGUGGUUCCAAGUCUUUCCCUGGGCAUUUUGCACGACAUGCAUACUGUAUCCGUGGCAUUCAAGGACGAUACUUCCGGAGCCAGAUCACACGUGCGCGGUCGCUUUUGGGAUGAUAUUCGACAGAGUAUCUUGAACAAGUUCUAUGUGAAUGAACCGCCUAUGAUUUUGAAUGCUGGCGAUGGCCUCGGAGAAGAUGUCUGGGCAUGGCGGACACUAAAAAUGCUCCGGGAAGAGAUGAUUGCACCUAAACUGAUGCCUCCUGGAGAGGUUUUUGUAGUUGAGACCAUGCGCGUUCUUCAGCGAAGCGCAUUCACAACUGAUAUGGGUUCGGACGGACACCCGCAACUCGGACGCCCGGCGACGCGAGUACAACUGAAGUUCAUUCGGGAUGUUGAGUCCUUCUUUGGGGAGCUAAGAUUCGGUUCCGGCAUGUUCAGUGACCACAACCCGGCAAGAUAUGAGGCUAGCCUUGCCGCUCUCGCACGAGGCAUUUUGGAUGAUUAAUGAGUUAUGAGCUAUUUUCUCUCUCUUGGAUAAACGGGAAACGACAUUUCUUUUGGAUCUGAACACUCGGACA